AGCGGCUUACUGAUGCAGUCUCCACUCAACUGUUGAGGGGUUUACACGUUUUCUAUCGAAAAAAAAGCUUCUCGUGUUCGAGCUUUGUCUACCUUUUAUGCAAUUAUGUGCCAUCUGUUCACCAGUAAUUUUAAUAUUUCUUGUCUAUAAAUAGGUUAUAAUUAGUGAAUCUAUGCCCAAUUAUUCGUAGUGUAUUUUAUCUGAACAGUGGUUAUAAAGAUUUCUGUUGUGCUUAUAUCUAUUAUUCAAACUAAGUUCGUGACAGUGCCUAAAUUUCGGGAUGUUUUUAAGACAUUAGGACCUUAGAGAUUUUAAAGGUACGAGUCAUCUAACCACUGAAAACGUGGAUUGAUAAGAUUAGCAUUAAAGACAAAACCAAAAUAAAGCAGCUUGGCGCGGCGUAGCGGGCGGGCCGCGCCAUGGGGAAUAAGUGCUGCAGCCGCCGCCAUGACCCCGACAGACCUUUGGUAUAUCCGGCGUACAAGAAUGAAACGGGCUUUACCGCGUGUCCAUCGUUGGAAACGCGGUACACAGGCGAGCCCAACAACCGUGGUAUGUCGCGCCCGCUCGCCGACAUAGUACGCACACGAAACCCUGGCAAAUGUAUAACAAACGGUGGAAGACGCAUCGUCAAAGCGCUAUGCGCAUACACAGCCCGUGCGGACUCCGAUAUAUCAUUCCGGAAAGGCGACCGGAUGGAAGUACUCAGUGACGCCGAACCGGACUGGUGGAGGGUGCUGCACCUCACCACGAGGAGGGAGGGUCUAGUUCCAGUCAACUUUGUAGCGGAGGAGAGCUCUGUCGAGUGUGAGGAUUGGUUCUUCCCGCACGUAUCGAGAAAGGAGGCCGAUAAGCUGCUACUAGCCGAGAGCAAUCCUCGGGGGACGUUCCUCGUCAGACCAGCAGAGCACAAUCCUCACGGCUUCAGCUUGAGCGUCAAAGACUGGGAAGAAGGUCGAGGUUACCAUGUGAAACACUACAAAAUCAAACCUCUGGACAACGGAGGAUUUUAUAUAGCAACUAAUCAGACGUUCCCAAGUUUACCGGCUCUAGUCAUGUCUUAUACAAAGAACGCAUUGGGACUUUGUCAUGUAUUAGCGCGGCCGUGUCCGAAGCCCGAACCUCAGAUGUGGGAUUUGGGGCCAGAGUUGCGCGAUAAAUGGGAGAUCCCCCGGAGUGAAAUACAACUCAUCAGGAAACUAGGGCAAGGCAACUUCGGGGAGGUGUAUUAUGGCAAAUGGCGGAACACUAUAGAGGUCGCCGUAAAAACGCUCAGAGAAGGCACUAUGUCUACUCAGGCAUUCCUCCAAGAAGCUGCAAUCAUGAAGAAGUUUAGGCACAAGCGGCUCGUCGCACUUUACGCGGUAUGUUCGCAACAAGAACCCGUGUACAUCGUCCAAGAAUACAUGAGCAAAGGUUCACUAUUAGAGUUCCUUCGAAACGGGGAAGGAAAGUUUCUUCAAUUCGAAGACCUCAUAUACGUCGCUGCUCAAGUAGCUUCUGGUAUGGAGUACCUCGAAUCGAAAUUGUUAAUACAUAGAGACUUAGCCGCUAGGAAUGUGUUAAUAGGUGAAAAUAACGUAGCAAAAAUAUGUGACUUUGGACUUGCUAGAGUGAUUGAAGACAACGAAUACUGUCCCAAGCAGGGCUCACGGUUCCCUGUGAAGUGGACGGCCCCCGAAGCGAUUAUAUACGGAAGGUUCUCUAUUAAAAGUGACGUAUGGUCGUACGGUAUUCUCCUUAUGGAACUAUUCACAUAUGGGCAGAUUCCUUAUCCAGGUCUACACGGCAAAGAUGUUAUAGAACAAGUAGAAAGAGGUUAUAGAAUGCCAAAGCCGGUUGGACACUACCUACCGGAUGAUAUCUAUAGACUGAUGCUGCAAUGUUGGGACGCGAUACCGGAGAAGCGGCCAACGUUCGAAUUCCUAAAUCACUAUUUCGAAUCGUUCACAGUGACCAGUGAGAUACCAUACAGAGAAGUGCAAGACUAGUGCUGUGAUAUAGUGAAAUAGUUUUUAUAAUUGUAAUGGUGAAAGACAAUGUAUGGCUCCUCUAGUUAAUACGGGAAUUAUGACGCGUGUGUGGACAGUACUCAUUACAUUUUUAUUAAUAAUCGGAAAUCGGGAGAAUAAUGUAAAAUAAUAUUUCAAUUCAGAUUAAUUUUCUUUUCAUUAGACACAUAUUGUCUGAUGGCCUGAUGACGAUUUCUCAACAGCCAGGAUCGCGUUACCAUUUGGCAGAAUUAUACAUAUAUAUGUACAGAGUGUAAGGGAUAUCGUAAUGGUAUUGAUGAAACUGAAUAAUUUUCUAGGUGGUAUAAACUUUCAUACUUAAUCAAGCAGUAAUAAAUAAUCAAGGAGUUAUACGAAGUUUUAAGUAAGUUGUUCAGUUUUAUAGUAAUAUUAUCGCUAGAUUCGAAUUAUAAUGCAAUAUUUGCUACACUCUGUAUAUACAUAUAUAUGGGUUUGGUCGAUUUUGAUGCUAAAUACACUGCCAAAACUGUAAUGACUACUCCACACUGCCUUGUAAUUUCAUUUCAUGUUUAGUAUUUUUUAUACUGGAAGCAUUACUUACUAAAACAAUACAGGAACGCGUGAGCUUGUCAUUUAUUGGUCGUCAGCUUCUGAUUUGAUUUAUAGAUUGUUGAAAUAAUUGUAGUAUCUAAGUGUGACGUUGAAACAGAUGACGCAUAAUUCCACUAAGCGUACUUUUAAGUAUUUAUAAUCUUAUGCAAUUUUCACAUAUACCUAUGUUCUUAUUUAUUAGCCUCUUUAGCUUAAGCACAAGUAGAUUAUUAUUUUGCAUUUUGUACAAAAGAAAUUGUUCACUACAACAUAAGCAAUAAGGUUUAAAAUUUAAAAUUUACACGAUAUUUUCAUAUUCUAAAAUGAAAUGUGAUAUUUUUUCAUCACUUAUGGGCCACUGUAUAAAAAGAUCUCCGAUUAUGCUCCACUGUAAUUAUGAUGAUAAAUCCCAAUUAUAAAAGAUAUAUAUGUAUAAAUACACAUGACUGGUUGGAUAACUUUAGUAUUUUUCUGCUGUAGUCCAUGAAAUCUGUGUACGACACUCCUACAGAGGAAAAUGUAUGCGAGGAGUAAGUUAUUCUUCUUAAUUAACAAAUAACAACUAGUUUCCAUUAAUAACAAGUGCUUUUCCUACGGGAUAAAGGUAUUAUGUAUUUUAUUAUUCAAGCGGAUUUGUCCAUUCCUUCAUUUUUCACUACAAUAUCUGUGCGCCGUAUUUAAUCUUGCCACCUGCAAUCUUAUAGUUUCAUACACGGAUUUAAUGGGCUAUUUUUAUCGCAUUAUACUUUAUUUUGCACACAUAAUCAAUACAUUUGUUUUUCAAUAAAUUUAGGCCCCUUUGCAACUCUGAUCUCCUGGUAUCAAUUGUAAAAGUAUAAAUGAUUUUACAUAUAAUUUAUAUGAUGAUUAUUCGUAAUUUGCUGCUAUGUUAUGAUCAUUUUUUGUUAUUUUUAAAACAAUAAUAAUAAUAAAUGCCACACGCUCAUACCAAUCGUCUGAUCCUCAAUCUAGGACACACUAUAUUAUGAGGAACCAGGCAACGAAUAUAUACACAAACCAGAAUACUUAGACCUGAGCCAAUUCAGAAAAUUGCUAAUUACAAUAAUUAUUUAAAAGUUUAGAUAUUCAAAUUACUAACUGCAAAGGGGCCGACUGCUGCCCUCAUGUAAAAAGACAAAUAAAACUAGCUUUAGGACUGUAUACCAAAGAG